AGACUGCAGCCAUGAACCAGGAGAGCAGCUUCAGAGCCCCCCCCAAGAGACGCGUUCGGGGCUCCAACCCAAACAUAUCGAACCCCCACCAGCUGUUUGAUGACACAAGUGGAGGGCCUGUUCCUCAUGGAGGAGACUUUCCCAACCAUUCAUCCCCAGCUUUGGGUAUCCCGGCACAAGCCUUUUUGUCAGAACCCAUGUCCAACUUUGCUAUGGCCUAUGGCAGCAGCUUGGCCAGCCAGGGAAAGGAGAUGAUGGACAAGAAUAUCGACCGGAUUAUCCCAGUCAGCAAAAUCAAAUAUUAUUUUGCGGUUGACACAGUCUAUGUGGGUAAAAAGAUUGGGCUGCUUAUGUUUCCCUACAUGCAUCAGGAUUGGGAAGUGAGAUACCAACAGGACACCCCCGUGGCCCCACGAUUUGACAUAAAUGCUCCUGAUCUUUACAUUCCAGUCAUGGCUUUUAUCACAUAUAUUCUGGUGGCUGGCUUGGCACUGGGGACACAGAGCAGAUUUUCACCUGAGAUCCUGGGAAUGCAGGCUAGUUCGGCCCUUGCUUGGCUUAUUGUAGAGGUGCUUGCCAUCCUCCUCAGCCUUUACCUAGUGACAGUAAAUACAGAUCUUACCACAGUGGAUCUUGUUGCUUUUUCCGGAUAUAAAUAUGUGGGGAUGAUUUCAGGAGUUAUUGCUGGCCUUCUCUUUGGGAACACUGGUUACUAUGUAGUGCUCGCUUGGUGCUGUAUCUCUAUAGUUUUUUUCAUGAUCCGCACCCUUCGUUUGAAGAUUCUCUCUGAGGCUGCAGCUGAAGGUGUUUUGGUUCGUGGAGCCAGGAACCAGCUGCGUAUGUACCUUACAAUGGCUAUUGCUGCUGUGCAGCCCAUCUUCAUGUACUGGCUGACCUACCACCUGGUGAGAUGAUGCAUUACCUGCCUGGUGUACCCAGAAGACGGGUACCUAGCCACACACGCAGGGAUCAAAAUGGCGUUUGUCACCCAGGUCACCCUGCUACGAUGUGGUUUAUCAUUAUAUAUGUUUUACAUUGUGACCUGCAGAUCCUGUACUGUUUGUCAUCAAGUAAAAGAUCCUUCUACAG